AUUUUUGGAAAUAGGCUGAUUCCAUUCCAUUUCGAAUUAUGAGUGGACGCCGCCGCCGCCGAUCCUCCAUCUCAUUCUCUGCCGGCGGAAGCCUGCCCCUGCCCGAAGAAGUCCUCGCCGAAAUCCUCGCAAGGCUGCCCGUCAAGUCCCUCCUCAGAUUCCGCUGCGUUUCCAAAUCAUGGCGCUCUCUCAUCUCCAGCCCCCACUUCAUCGCAGCCCAUCUCUCUCUCUCUCUCUCACUCUCUCUCUCAUGCCCUCGCCACCACCUCAUCUCCACCAUUCUCCUGCCCUCCUACACCCUCAAACACUGCCCCUUGCCUCCCUUGCUCUCCGGACACCCCGCCGCCGCCGUUGACUUCGAUUAUCCUAUGAAAUCCCCCAACAACUCUGUCCGCGUCGUCGGCUCCUGCAACGGCCUCGUCUGCAUCGCCGUCAACGGCAGACAUUUCUUCCUCUGGAACCCCUCCACGCGGAUGUCCCGGAAAUUGCCCGACGCCGACGACAGGAUCAAGAACGGGCUGUUCGUAACCAAGUACGGAUUCGGAUUCGACGGCCGGGAUUACAAAGUUGUCGGAAUCCUCUCCGGAUUCUGCGAUUCCGGCAGGUCGUACGAGACUAUGGUGAAAGUCUACAGCUUAAACACCAAUUCUUGGACAAGAAUCGAUGCCGCGUUCGAUGAGGGCCUGCCAUUUGAUGAUGUAGGAAAGUUUGUUAAUGGAAGCCUUCAUUGGGGGAGGAGAGUUGGAUUCGAUUCCCGUUGGGACAUUGUCUCCUUCGACUUGGCCCGCGAGUCGUCGGGAAUUGUGGCGCAGCCUCGCUACGUCGAGGGCGGUUUUCUGCCGUCGUUGGGAGUGUUAAUGAAUUGCCUUUGUGUCGUUUGCGACUUCCCGAAAAUAAGCGCAGAAGUUUGGAUGAUGAGAAAAUAUGGUGUGAGGGAUUCUUGGGAGAAAGUUGUGAGUAUUCCUUACAUGGCGGAUCCUUGGACGCCGUUGUGGCUCGGGUCAAGUGGCGAGGUACUAAUGGCUUACGGAUCGUGCUUCAUGGUUUACGACCCGGUGGAUGGCCGGUUUGUGAGUCCUACGAUUGCCAACUUUGGUACAUUCCUCGAAGCCAAUGUUUACGUCGAAAGUCUAGUCUCACUCGCCCCUGCUUGACGGAAGAACACACUUGCAUCUUUCUAUGAUAUUUAGCGACAACUAUCUUCCAACUAUCGAUGUUAUUUUUAUAUGCAUUGCAUCGCGUAGAAAACUUGUAACUGACGACAAAUUUUUCUUGAAAGUCAUAUGUAUCCGAUGAUAAGUUUUUUGAAGCUCUAUGGAUGAAAAUUCCUGUCGUGAAUAUGCGUAGGCCAUAGCUCGUUCCCUUGGCAUUGGCAUUGGCAUUGCGGCGGGCGACUUGUUUGUUGUCAAGUGUUGAUUGCAUCCGCUAGCUCCCCAGUAGCAAAUAGACAAGGCAAGUUUAGGAAGUCUAAGUAUUAAAAAACCAAAGGCAAUACGUUUUAAGGCAUCAACAAUACCAAGUCCUAAGCUAUCUAAUCCAAAUAUGAUCGAUCUAAGC